AUGACAUUUAAGGACCGUACAAACGAAUUCCAUGCAAUUGCAGACAGAAUACGCUCUCGUAGCCACGUGCCCAAUGCUCUCGAACGUCGGUCUCUCAUCCAGUCUCCAUCUCCCAGUGGACAGCAAGCCUCUCGCAGUGAAUUUUCUCUGAUGGCAGCAGAAAUUAGUCGAAACAUCACUAGUACAGCCGGAAAACUUGAGAAACUUACUAAAUUGGCCAAACGAAAGACGUUGUUUGACGAUAAGCCAGUGGAGAUUGGCGAAUUGACGUUUAUUAUCAAACAAGACAUUGCCAAACUUAAUCGACAGAUUGCAAUGCUCCAAGACUAUACCAAGCGUCAGAAGCAGUCAUCGAAGCAGGCAUCUGAGCAUACUUCAAAUGUAGUCAUUACAUUGCAAAGUAAGCUGGCAGACACUUCUAUGAGUUUUAAGGAUGUAUUGGAGAUUCGGACUGAAAAUAUGAAGAUGACAAAAGAUAAGCGGGAUCAGUUCCUGUUCUCUGCAGCAGAGCAGUCUGGGCCGCCUGCUCUGGCCAAUUCACCGCUCUUAAAAUCACGUCGGCGCCCCAACAACGAACGAACGCAGACACCGGUAGCAUCAAUAGGAGGUAGUGGUAUCGGCAACAACAAUGGAGGAUAUGUUCCUCAGGAUGAGCCAGAAUCCACAUUGUCGUUGGGCAUUCCGAUGCUCACGCCUCAACAACAGCAGGAACAAAUGAUGGUUCUGGAACAAGAUCGAUACAUUGAUCAUCGGUCCACAGCUAUCGAAAGUAUUGAGAGUACGAUUGCCGAGUUGGGAGGUAUCUUCCAACAAUUGGCCACAAUGGUUGCAGAACAGCGAGAGACCGUACAACGCAUUGAUCAAAAUACGGAUGACAUUGAAAUGCAUGUAAUGGGUGCUCAGAGAGAAUUGCUGAAGUAUUACACAAACAUCAGCUCAAAUCGAUGGCUAAUUAUCAAGAUCUUUGUCACAAUUGUCUGCUUCUUCUUACUCUUUACCCUUAUCAUGUAAAACCAAACGAGCAAACCCCACAAGGACCUUGAUUUUUAGAGUCAUGCUCGUUACGUCACGCUCGUACACUUGCCCCGCUUUUUUUUUUCUCUUUAGAAGAGCACUAUACACUGUGCUUCUUUUUGCUUCUUUCUCUUCUUUUUUGAUAGAUAAAAACAAAACAAAUCUUCUUUAUUAUUUAACU